AUGACUGCCAUUCGAGUUGCUGUUAUACAAGCCGAGCCGGUAUGGCUCGACCUUGCGGGGUCAAUCCGAAAGGCCAGCGAACUUAUCGCCGAGGCCGCGGGGAACGGCGCCAAGAUCGUUGCGUUCGCGGAGGCCUGGGUCCCCGGAUAUCCCGCGUGGAUAUGGGCUCGUCCUGUGGAUUUCGAACUCCAGACUAGGUACAUUUAUAACUCCUUGGCUAUAGAGUCAGAAGAGAUGGAGCAAGUCAAGGCUGUAGCCAAAAAGCACUCCAUUGCUGUAGUGCUCGGUUUCUCGGAGAGAAGUCCCUCCAACAGCACCUACAUAGCACAGGCAAUCAUCUCGCCGCAGGGCGAACUGGCCUUGCACAGACGCAAGAUCAAACCAACGCAUAUGGAGCGUACCAUCUUUGGGGAUGGCUCCGGCAACGAUUUGACCAACGUUGCAGAACUUGACUUCGGCGCUCCGCUGGGCAAAAUCAAGGUAGGAGCCCUAGCCUGCUGGGAACAUACCCAGCCGCUUCUCAAGUACCACAGCAUCACGCAAGGCGGAGUCAUUCACAUAUCUAUGUGGCCGCCGAUAGAUCCCGCUACUGGCGUAGAUCAUCCGGGCCUAUGGAGUAUGACAGCCGACGGAUGCCAGAACCUAUCGCAGACGUAUGCGAUCGAAAGCGGCGCGUACGUUUUGCACGCUACAUCUGUGUGCAGUCAAGCCGGCAUUGACGUCUUCAAGACUCAAAAUGGGCUUGUCUGUGCGCAGCCUGGAGGGGGUCACAGCUGUAUCAUUGGCCCCGAUGGGAGACGAUUGACAUCACCGCUUGGUGAUGGUAAACCUGAAACGGAGGGAAUCUUAUAUGGAGAUCUGGAUCUCACGAAGGUCGUAGCAAAUAGGGGCUUCCUAGAUAUCGUCGGCCACUAUAGUAGGCCCGACCUCCUCUGGCUAGGCGUCGACAAGCAACAAAAGGCAGUUGUCGUUUCUAAGGCUGAUGCGAAAAAGCCAGAGUCGGAGCAAGAAACAGCUCGAUUAAAUAUGUCACGUCUCUAA